AAUUAAUAAAUUGAGUGAAAACUGCUCGUAUAAGCUGACAUGAACGCUUCACCUCCAAAACUCGAGAUCUGGAGAAUGCGAAUCUGAAGGAUCCUCCGAAUUGUGUAAAUCUUCACCAGAUCCAAACGAAUCAAGUAUGGGCUGUUCGUUUUCGGGAUUGAACGCGCUUUACGACUCCGGCGGAGGCGACGUGUGGAUCAAUGAGAACCGUUUCAGGAUCGUGAGGCAGCUCGGCGAAGGCGGCUUCGCGUUCGUGUUUCUGGUUAAGGAGAUCGUCGCCGACGCUGCGUCCGGUGGCGGUUUGGCGUCGAAAGUCAAGGAUCCAGCUCACCUCUCCGAUGAUGGAACUUAUGCGAUGAAGAAAGUUCUGAUUCAGAACAAGGAGCAGCUGGAACUUGUGCGGGAGGAGAUUCGUGUUUCGUCCUUGUUCAGCCACCCUAAUCUGCUUCCUCUCCUUGAUCAUGCCAUUAUUCCUGUUAAGGGUGGUCAAGAGGGAGCUGGGAAACACGAGGCCUUCUUGCUAUUUCCAGUUCACCUGGAUGGGACCUUGCUGGAUAAUUCCACAGCGAUGAAGGCUAAAAAGGAAACUUUCUCAACAACUGAUGUCUUGCAAAUAUUUCGUCAGCUUUGUGAUGGACUCAAACACAUGCACUCUCUGGAGCCACCAUAUGCUCACAACGAUGUCAAACCUGGAAACGUGCUGUUAACGCGUAGGAAAGGACAGACUCCUCUUGCGAUUUUGAUGGACUUUGGGAGUGCUCGUCCAGCACGGAAGCAAAUCCGCUCCCGUCAAGAGGCCUUACAGUUACAGGAAUGGACAGCUGAACAUUCUUCAGCACCUUUUAGAGCUCCCGAGCUCUGGGAUUGCCCAAGCCAUGCUGAUAUUGAUGAGAGAACAGACAUCUGGUCACUAGGCUGCACACUAUACGCAAUAAUGUACGGUGUCUCUCCGUUUGAAUAUGUACUUGAAGAAUCUGAUGGAAGUCUUCAGCUCGCAAUCGUGAACGCUAAGAUCAAAUGGCCAAAGGCUGGACCAAAGGCUUCUUAUCCUGAAGCUCUUCACCAGUUCGUGACUUGGAUGCUGCAACCUCAGGCUGCGGUUCGACCUCGCAUUGACGAUAUCAUCAUCCACGUUGACAAAUUGAUCGCAAAGUUCACCAAAUGAUUCAUCACUCCGGUGGUAUAAUCUAAAGAGUUUAAAGAAAAAAAGGAUUUAAUAUACAUUGCUUUUUCUUUUUAUUUAUAUGUUUAGCUAUUUUGAAAGAUCCUAUAUUAGAUACAUAUUAAAAUACAUUAAAUUUUUCGUUUGAUCUAUUUGUAAGACUUCAUUUUAAAAUAAUGUUAUUUUGUCA